AGCCAAUGGGCGCUCGACCCGGGGGCGGGGCCCGCGCGUGCGCACUCGCGCGCCCCCCUCAAAAUGGUGACGAGACGGCGCGGCGCGGAGCGGGGAGGACGCGGCGCGGACGAGCGCUAGGAGCGGCGCGCAGCGGGCAGCUGCCUCCCCCCUAAUGCUGAGGCAGCAAGGCCGUGAGGGCGGAUGCGGAGCCGGCAAUGUCUGCCGAGCAGCACAACUCUGCCCGCAACAACCAUGCGGCGGCGACGGCGGUGGCGGUGGUGGCAGCGGUGCCAGCCCUCGCUCCUGGAGCCAGUCCGGCACAUCCCCAGCCCGUGCCGGUGGCGCACGCUCAGCCGCUGUCGCCCCCGCUGGUGCAAGACUUGCCCGAUGAACUCAUCCAAGGCGGUUGGAGUAAAUGCUGGAGCCGACGGGAGAACCGGCCCUACUUUUACAAUCGCUUCACCAAGCAGUCGCUGUGGGAGCUGCCUGCGUUGGGACAGCACGAUGUCAUUUCAGAUCCGCUGGGUCUGAAUGCGGCCCCGGUUGGCGGGGUGCCGGGCGCACCUGCGGCGGGCGCCACCGGAGCCUCCGCCGAGGAUGCUGCUCUCAGGAAGCGCCGGCUGUCGGAGGAGAUCGGGGCCGGCGUCGCAGGGGCAGCGAGUGCCGUGUCCAAGCGGACCAAGUCGGAGGACGUCAUGCCGGUCACCCCAGUGGCACCUGUCCCCAAGGGCUGGAAGACGGAGGGUGGAUUUGCUAGUCCCACACAGAAGCCCAAGCCUCCCACCCUGCCCUUCCCAAUUUACUGGAACCUGGAGGUGCCGACGAACGCGGUGAUCAAAGAGCGGGGCCUGUUCGACACGUUCCACCCUCACCCCGAGGUGGAGUUGUUCCGUGCGCAGCUCACGGUGCGCCUGCGGCAUCAGUACCAGGAGUUGUGCCAGCAGAGAGAGGGGGUGGACGCGCCACGCGAGUCAUUCAACCGCUGGCUGCUGGAGCGCAAAGUGAUCGACAAAGGUCGCGACCCCAUGCUGCCCAGCGACUGCGAGCCCGUCGUGUCGGUGUCCAUGUUCCGCGAAAUCCUCAAUGACAUCCCCAUACGGCUGUCACGCAUCAAGUAUCGCGAUGAUGCAAAGAAGCAGCUGUUUAAAUAUGCCGAGGCAGCAAAACGCAUGAUCGACAACAGGAACGCGUCCCCAGACAGCCGCAAGAUUGUCAAGUGGAACGUGGAGGAAACGUUCAACUGGCUGCGGAAGGAGCCAUCGCCCUCCAAGGAGGACUACCUGGACCGCCUGGACCACCUGCGCCGUCAGUGUGGCCCCCACCUGGCUGAGGUGGCCAAGGAGUCGGUGGAGGGGAUCUGUGCCAAAAUCUUCACGCUGUCCUGCGACUAUGUCAAGCGCAUCCGAGACAAGAACCUGGACAUGCUCAAGGAGAACAAGCUCGCCCUGCCAGAAGAGGCUGCUGCGGUGGCGGUUGCAGUCCCUCCAGCCGUUGAUCGGCUGGUUUACUGCUUCCCAGCUCGCCUCUCCAUACCCCCCUGGCCCCUGCCGCGUGUGGAGAUGCACACAGAGAAUGACAUGACCUGCCUCCGCUACCGUGGGGAGAUGGUCAAAAUCAACCAAAACUACUUCAACAAGCUGGAGCACCUAUACAGGCUGGGCUCCACGGACGACCCCCGCUUUGAGAAGUUCCUGGCGCGUGUCUGGUGUCUGCUGCGGCGAUACCGGCAGACCAUGUUCGGUGUGGGCGGCAGCGAGGGCGCAGGACUGCACGGCGCACUGCCGGUGCCCGUGUUUGAGGCACUGCAUCGACACUUUGGCGUCACCUUCGAGUGCUUCGCGUCGCCCCUCAACUGCUACUUCCGACAGUACUGCUCCGCCUUCGCCGACACGGACGGAUACUUUGGCUCUCGAGGGCCCAUACUGGACUUCAAUCCAGUAAGCGGCUCCUUUGAAGCCAACCCCCCCUUCGGAGAAGAACUCAUGAAUGCCAUGGUGGAUCACUUUGAGAAUCUGAUGUCGAGCUCGACAGAGCCGUUGUCCUUCAUCGUGUUUGUGCCCGAGUGGCGCGAGCCUGUCACGCCGGCGCUGCUGCGCAUGGAGGAGAGCCGCUUCAAGCGGCGCCAGGUCCUGGUGCCGGCCUUCGAGCACGAGUACCGCAACGGCGCGCAGCACGUGUGCAAGGGGGAGGACCUACACAUCCGCGCGGUGCACGGCACGGCAAUCAUCUUCCUGCAGAACGAUGCCGGCUUCGCCAGGUGGGAGCCCACGGCCGACCGUUUGCGCUUGCUGCUCGAGGCUUACCGCGUGCAGGGGCGGCAGCAGCAGGCGACACCCUCAACGCCCUCGACCACAGCCCCGAGCAGCACCCCUUCGCACACCGCCUCCACCUCCACUUCGUCACCGGCUGUCGAGUCAUCGGCAGGGGGGUCGGCAGUGGUGUCCCCCACGACCUCAUCUGCGGGACAGGGCGAGGGAAGUGGAACAGCAACAACAGCUGCAGCAGCAGAGCAGACUGAGAACCACGAUGAGACGAAACAGCCCGUGCCUGCCGAGGAGCCCAAGAAGGAGGAGGAUAAGAUUCUGGAAAGUAUUGAGGAGUGGAUCUGAGGUAGCGGCACGGGUGCUCGUGGGAGACCGUGCGUGUCUGGGAGCCCCCCCCCGCCCACCGGUGUUGGUGGGGUAUUGCCGUCGCCGGGAUGGUAACAAGCUGGCGGCUUUGCUGCCGUCGCGAUGAGGCCCGCCGUGAUUGCGUCCGAGGAUCGACUUCCACAAAAAUGAAAGACAAAUGGAAACUGUUGCUUUAGGCGUGCCACUUUGUGAUUUUAUUGUCCCCCCUUACAUGCACCCUUUGCGCUGAGAAGUUUAGGGGGACCUAUUUUAACGGCAACAAGACACCGAAGGCAACAUUGGCCGGAACGUUUGCACCACAACCGGAAGGUUUGCCUCGCUGUGUGUAAUUUGUCUUAAGGAUAAAAAAAAACAACCCACCCACGUUUGGGAGAGGGCCGACUGCCCCCGCUUGCGUGACUGUCGUCACGUCACGAGUGCAUCACGUCUGACUUGUGUUUAACGCAGGGAACGUGUUUGUUCAGUUGCUUGCAUGCACUGUUGAUGGACUUGCACAUUCAUCCUUGUUCAUUUUACAAACCCAGGGUUUUAAUGGAGAAUUAUUUUUUCAAAUCCCUCAAGACAUGUCAAAUUAUAUCCAGUUGAGUUUUUUUUUGUUUGGAGCAGUCCGUCCCAUUAUACACCUGACACUGGUUUCCCUUCAAGCACUACCUCUUGAGUUUCUGCACUUAACUGCCGAAGAGCUUUUAAACAUCUUUUGCCGUUUUUUUAUGUUCAUGCUAUUUGAGAAGAGUCUGAAAAAAAACUAAAUCUUAUACAGUUUCAUGGAAGCGUUGUUUUAACAAAGUCCAGAUUAAAUAUUGGCGUGUUUUUGUCAUCCAACAAAUAGACUAUCAUAACAAAAAAAAAACAAUGUUCUGCUUGGGCUACAGCUGUUAAUUUGCAGCUUGAGCUUGGAUAUUGCUUGAGCUAGAAAAUGCUUGCAUAAGAAAAUAUACCCUGGCGUCUGUUAAAUUCUGGAGUUGCUCGCAUUCUAUUUUUUUGUGUUUAAAAAAAAAAUGUCAUUUAAAAAAAUCGCGUCAGACCGACAUGCGUAUGAAAGGCCGUUAAACCACUCCAUGCGCGACACGUGCGCAUCUGCUUGGGUUGCUGCUUUUCGCAACCUUUUUACCUCCCUACGAAUGGGGAAACUCGACAAGAGGAGUCGUGAAGCACUGAAAGCAAAUUUCCCUCCCUUUGGCCUCCGCAACACUCGGUCAGAGAGACGAAAGAUGCCCCUUGGAUUACAACCUCUCCACCUCACCCCCAAGAUGUCAUACUGAUUUUAAAAACAAAAGUGCAUUUUAAGCCAACGGUGAACGUAAAUAUUUUUGAAAGGCUGCCUUUUGGCACUUUUGUUUUAAAAGCAUUUUUUACCGGUGUAAUCUCUAAAAUAUUGAAUUGCAUCCGCUCACGUUAAAGGCCGCACCGUAAUUUUAUUUUCUUUGGGGUGCUCGUUUUCUCCGUGAAAUGUAAGCUCUCCCAUCCCGGGGACAACGGAGAGGAAGCAUCGGGUGACGAGUGCGCGGUCAUCCAGUAUCGUUGCCCAUCGCCCAACAUCAUUUAAGUCCAGCCGGAUUUUCCCCCGGCUUGACCGGACUGGAGUUGACUAGGACACUUGGGUCAUGUUUCCCCCCCCCCCAACCCUCCUCACCAUUUAUAUAACCCACAGCGGCUCGUGAGUUUUUGAACAUUGUGCUUGUUGUGAAUAAGUCCACGUAUUGUUGUUGUGCGUGCAUUUUGCAAGGUCAGCUGCAGUAGUUAAGCUUAUUUUUUUCAGGGGUGACGCAUUUCCUGGUAGAUCUUUGCAACUUGUGCUUGUCGUUUGAUCGUCCGCUUUUGGCACAGGUUGGUGGUGGUGGUGGUGGUGUUCGUGGCUUUUUUGCUUAACUUUUAAUGACCGUUAAUGCUUAAACCUACAUAAUUAAAACACCUUAGCAUUAUCUAAAUCUCAUUAACAGUAAUGUUGAUAUUGUUAUUUUUGUAAGUAAUAUUUUUUUGUAAAUAGACCCUUGUGUACAGCCAUUUGCGUAAAGAAAUUCAUACAAACUAGAGACUGAUGAUUACCCCCCCAAGGCGUCGUGAAACGGACGUUACAGUAGUUGCCGAUUGCACUCCGCUAAGGUAAACUUCUCUGUUCCUUGUGAGUGUCUGUCAUGGUGCGCCAUGCACGCUCUCUCCUCCCCGCUGUCGUGAAUCAAGACGCAUGGGAUGUCUUCAGGUUCAGCGUAUCUGCCAACUUGAGUAUAUAUAUAUAAAAAAAUGCAGUACAAAACGUUGUACGCCAGGAGCUAUCACGCUGUUUUCUCUCCAGAGCUGAGUGGAUGGGUUUUGGUCAUUGAAUCGCUGGGGUUGCCGGAUUGGUUCAUUUGUGUACACACCUGCUCGCAGUUUCCACUCACAAGCCACAUCGGUUAACAAUGACAAUUGUUACCUUUUUAAAUCUUUGUUAAGGAAGGGCACCACUUAAAUCUUGGAAGGGGUCUUUCAGGAUAGGGCUCUUUUAAGUGUCAGCCAACUCAGUUUUGAGAUUAUUAGUCAUGUUGGAAAACUUAGAGUGCCAAGCAAAGAUAAUUAUUUGUGUGGAACACUCAAAGCACAGAUAUGUGAAAAGCGUGUUGGCUGUAUGUAUUUCUACAACCAGAUGGCUCUCAUGUAUACGGUAGAUCUAACUGUAAAUGUUAUAGAUCUUAUCCCCCCUCCCCACUGCAUGAACCACCAACCUGAUUUUCAAAGUCUGUGCCACCACACCUAUCAGUAUUUAGUAUUUACACCUGGUAAAUACCGUAGUGUGUGCACUUGCAGGUGUGUUCGGUAGCAUUAGUGCUCUUGACACAGGUCCUUGGUAUUGCUGCACAUUACUCAAAAUAGAGCAUUUCUUCACCGGCUUAGGCGUACUAUUUGUCAUUGUUAUGGCAGAUAAAGAGGGCAACCAGAAUGACUUGGUUGGCUACCGCGCGUCAUUGUGAGCACGUGGUGAUUCAGAAACGCUAGAGAAAA